AUGAAGAACAGUGUUGCUCGAACGCAACCGGAGAAGCACUAUGCGCAUGCCCCGCAGAGUGAGGAUUUGCCGUUGGCGAUUGGCGCUAAUUUUCACGAUGAUCCUAUCAAUCGAAGUACGCUGAGAAAAAGCCACAAUUUACUUCUCGAGAGAAAAACAGACUACGCACCUCAUACGAAAUAUUGCUACAGUGGCCAACCAUUCGAAAGGCUUCACACCGCCGCUGAGGCUGCUGCUGAGGACGAAGAAGCUGUAUGGAACGGGUGGUUCUCUGAAGAUUUCACGAAAGAGGAUCUAGAUAAUUUUGUUGUUCGAAUGCUGGGAUACUUUACCGAAGAUGUGUCAGAGAGCAGUGCGGAGAAAGAACGUGUGCGCAAGGUGUGCAUCAGCUUUUUUGUCAAGGACGACAGUCUUUCCAUCACCGAAAUUGCCCAGAAAAAUAGCGGGUUGGGUGAGUCGAAGAUUCUCUCUCGUCGUCAGGUUCCCAAAGACAUGCGAAAUCCAAAUGAUAUCUUUCUUCUUAGUGACUUUCGCAUCGGCGAUUCUGUGAGUAUUUAUGGCCAGACGUACUACAUCACCGAUAUGGACAAACGGAGUCGCCGUUACUUUCGCGAGGUUCUUGAAAAGGACAUUCCGGAUGCGCUGAGCAUUCCGCAGGACUCUUUCACCCGCACAGCUGCUGCCUCAGCGGAGCGGUCGACGAAACGAGUGGUGACCUCGGACGAUAUGGACCGCAAGCGCGCCAUCGAGCAGCAGCUAACGGGUAUCUACACGAAGCACUCUACAGAGGAUAUUGCCAUCACAAAGGAGUUCUUGAAGAACAAGAUCAACGAGCAUUUAACAUAUCUGGCGCUCUGGGAUGAUCGCGGCAACAUCAGCGGUGACUUACACUACUGUGUCAUUAGAGUCUUUCUGGAAAACAACACCAUUGAGAUUGCCGAGUGUAGGCCAGAGAACAGCGGCCGAUGGGGAGGGCCGAUCUUGAUUCACCGCCAGCGAAUUCCACACCCAUCCGCCGAUUUGACGCAGAGCAGGUAUCAGCAGCAUACAUACGGCAAGCUUAUGAAAAACGAUUACUUGUGCCCCGAGGAUAUUCAAGUCGGCGAGACAUAUGUGAUUUACGGGAAGCCGUUUUAUGUGUACGACAGUGACGCUUUCACUCGCAAUUAUGUCAGAGAGAAAUACCAGGUAAUCAUCAAGGACGCUGUAGAUAUCGCUCCUUUUGGGACACUGGAAAAGCGGACAUCUGUCUUCUACCCGCCUCCGCCGAACGGGUUCGGUAGCGAGCGUGAAACGCGAAGCAAUUGGCUCUCUUUGGUUGGCAAGCCGGCAAGAAUCGACCAUGAGUUGGCGCAGCGCGAAUCUGGUCGUGUGAUGAGCUUUUCAGCGAAGCUUGCCAAGCCUAUUGUUGCCGGUGACGAAAGCAGAGAGUUUGUGAUUUCGUUUUAUCGUGAAACCAAGGAACUGGCGAUCUUUGAGAAGCCAAAGCGAAAUUCCGGCAUGCUGGGCGGCCGAUUUCUCGCAAAGGGAGCGCACCGCAAGGACAUGCCGAAUGGGACCACGGUACCAUUUUCUGCUGAUGAUUUUCAGGUAGGUCAGGUGAUUGAAAUUUACCGGCGCCCAUUUCUCCUCACUGGCCUCGACGCAGGAACGCAGAGAAUUCUCGAUGGCACUGACAAGGACGUCACUGAGGACCGCAUCAAAGGUCUUGUGGUGCUGCUGAAGCAGCAGCUGAACCUCAAGUUCACACGCUCAAGCGAGGCUUUUCUUGGGCUUGCACCCCAGGGCACGCUCGGCUAUGUUCAAGUGAAGGAGUUUCUGCGUGCAUGCAGCUGUAACAUCACUGAUGAAGAGGCGCUUUUGCUUGUGCAGAACUUGUCCCCCGGGACCGACGGUGUAAUCAGCUAUGAAGACUUUCGUCAAGUUGUGGAUGUCUCUUCUGAGUCGAUGGACGAGGCUUCGCUUACAACUCGGUCGAUCCGCAACGUAAACAUGACCAGGAAUGAUCAGCUGAAAUCUACCGCUACCGUUUCUGAAGAGAAGCUGCGACGCAAGCAACUCCGUGACGUGCUACAGUUCAAGCUUAUUCAGCGAAAGGGAAGUGUACAAGAGCAAUUUCGCUUGUUGAGUGAUUACAGCGCCAAUUCUCGACUCAACCGCGACAUGUUUCGCAUCUCUCUCAACACUGUGCUGCAUUUUAAUAUGAGCAAAGAGGACGAGGAUACACUAGUGUCUCUACUUUUCGACAAUGUCGAGGACGAAAACGGGGACAUUACAUACAAGCAGUUCCAAGAGUUUGUGGACUCUGUUGACAAUAACUGA